AUGCUGGGUCUCCUUCUGGGAGUAUGGGUGGUAUAUGGAAUACUGAAGCUUAUCAUGUCGAGGGUGAGACGGUCUGCCAAAUUGCGAUAUGGAGACAAAGAGCUUGCUAUUCAGCAACGGUUACGAGCUUUAGACACAUUUAGAGGAAUAGCAAUAAUCUUCAUGAUUUUCGUGAAUGACGGCGCUGGUGGAUAUUGGUGGCUGGAACAUGCCACUUGGAACGGCCUGGCUGCUGGUGACCUGGUCUUCCCUGCCUUCCUCUGGAUCAUGGGAGUGUGUGUGCCACUCUCCGUUAAGAGUGCCUUCGCUAAAGGCAUCCCGCGAUGGAAAAUUUUGAUCCACAUAUUUAGGCGUUCCAUAAUGAUGUUCCUAUUAGGCAUUUCGCUGAAUACAAUAUAUGGAUCAAACAUGUUGAGUCAGCUGAGAAUAUUUGGAGUGCUUCAACGAUUGGCCGUGGCGUAUUUGAUCUCCGCAGGCUUCUAUGCCCUUACUGCCCCUAAAUACUACACACCACCACGGGGAGCUUGUGGUCAGGCGUUAAAGGACGUGCUGUCGUGUGUGUGGUGCUGGAUCUUAGUUGGAUUACUAAUUGCUGUUCACAGUGCUAUUACCUUCAUUGUUCAUGACCCAGACUGUCCAGCCGGAUAUCUGGGACCUGGUGGCAAACACGAUGAUUGGGUGGCUCCAGAGUGCAGUGGUGGCGCUUCUGGAUACAUCGAUCGUCUCUUGCUGGGAGAUUCCCAUCUCUACCAACACAGUGACGCGAGAAGAGUCUAUGGAGGAAUUGUUACUGACCCUGAGGGAAUCUUAGGAUGCCUUACAUCUGCAAUCCAAGCACUGCUGGGUGUGCAGGCCGGUGCCACAGUGUUGCUUCAAAGAUCGCACAAGGCGCGCGUGUCUCGAUGGUUGGCUUGGGCCUUGGUUUUCGCCCUUGCAGCAGCUCUUCUUGCCGGCUUCUCUAGGGAUUACGGAGUUGUGCCUAUUAAUAAGAACUUGUGGUCGAUAUCAUUCGUUCUAGCCACAUCAGCAGUAUCGCUAGCAUUACUAAGCAUCUGCUACACGUUUACCGACGCGUGGCGCCUCUGGGCCGGAGGGCCUUUCAGGGCCCCGGGCCUCAAUGCAAUUGCCCUAUACGUGGGCCAUUCUAUCUGUGCCCAUCUCUUCCCUUUCCACUGGAGAAUCCCCGUUAUGAGGACACAUACGAUUCGAUUGGUGGAAGCCUUUUGGGGAACAGCGUUAUGGGUCAUCAUUGCUCAUAUGAUGGCGAAGAAAAAGAUUUUUAUUACUCUGUAG